UUUCCACGAUAACUGGUUACUAAAGAAAAAGGUUUCUCAUCCAAAACAACACCUACUUAUUUUUCGAAUAUGAUCACUGUUUCUUAGAUUAAGAAGGAUGUUUGCUUCUUGGAGCACUAGUUUGCGAAUAUACUAUCAGAUAAUGUUCCUUUACUAGUUGAGUCAUGAAACAUUUUCACUGCAACAAACAUACCACGAUAGCUCUUUUUGAUGCAGCUGUCAUAGCUGCCUUGCGUAUAUUUGUGCACUGUCUCCCCAUAUUUGCACAUAUUUCCAUCAGUAGUGACAGAAGUUAACUCUUUUUUAACUCUGUCAUUUCUUUCUGAGAAUAUCUCACAGCCAUAAUAAUGAUAUCGUUUGCUGGAAUCUUGCUAACACUCUCCUAUUUUCUAAUGUCAUAAGAUUUAACUUCCUCAAACGAGUAUCAUAAUUGAUAAUUGACCCUUUCUAUCGUUUCAAUGCUCCUCUCAUUAUAAGGGACCACACUACUGAGCAAUAAUUUACGUUCGUUUGAACGAAGUGAAUUAGAACGUAACUGACUUUUACGUUGUUCUUGUUGAAGAUGCUGUGGAAUUUGUGUCCUUGGGGGAAGUGUUUCUGGAUAAGGUUUAAAAAGGUUUUGCCGAUGUUGUUUUGGACGUUUUUGCUGUAUGAAGGGUUGAAGCACAUUGUUUGUUUUUUUUCUGUUUUUUUUUUUUUCUUGUUGGUGUAGAAGUACUUUGGCUUUGGGCGUAUGAGAGAUUUUCGGUAAACCCGCUGGAUUUUAGUGCUUUUUCAUAGGUAGGUUUGGCUCUUUCAAAUGCUUCUUUGUUGCAUGAGAUGUCAGAUAUCCUGCGGUUGAUGGCUGCAGGUAGCUGUCUGAUUAUGUUAGGUGAGUGGUUGGAUUUUUCGUUGAUGGUUUUUGUUGUUUGGUUUUCUGUACGCGUAACGACAGAUGACGACAACACAGACAUGCUGUUACUACAUCUCAAAAGCCAGCAGCCCACCAUCCGUUGCACCAUAGAGACGGAGAGUGAGAACAAGAUCGCCUUCAUGGAUAACAUGGUACACAGGGAACCCAACGGACGCCUUUGCACCAGUGCUGACUAUAAGCCAGUAAUGCACACGGACCAGUAUCUCGUGUACGAUUCUCACCAUCCACAGUCGGUAAAACACGUCGUCAAUUAUCUCUAUGACAGAGGUCAUCGUAUCGUCACGAAGCCAAACACAAAGAGAGUCAUCAAGUCCAGACCUCCCAUCAAAACUGCAUAACAGAACUACAUAUCCAUCGCCGUACUGCAUUACAUAUAAGAUGUUUCYCAAACACUCAGAAGACCAAGRCYAAGGCAUACGCACCAUCUUCAAGUCUGACACUACACUAUGCAGACAACUAGUGCGCCCAAAUAACCCACUCCCUUUUAGACAACAAGACGGAGUAGUCUACGAGAUCCCGUGCAGCGAGUGUGACAUCGUCUAGUGUGUGACACGGUACAAGAAAGAAUUGAAAGAAAAUGAGAGAUACGUCCGCUUACCUUGCACCUAGACCUCCACCGCCUCCGAGCACGCUAAUACCACCGGCCACUGCACAGAUUGGAACAACGUCGAGUAAAUUAACAGACACAACCACUGGUACACACGCAGAGCCAAAGAAGCCAUCCAUAUUAGACACCAUCCCAACAACAUCUAUAGGGAUUGCGGAAUUGAGACUCCCGAAGCGUGGAUACCGACCAUUCGAACGCACUCCCUCACRCCAAACAARUUGGACUGGUCUCGCGGACUCGCUUUGUUCGUGAUAUGAUAUGGAAACUCGUGAAUAACACGAUAUCAAACUCUUAACAUAUGAUAAUCUCUAUGUAAUAUUUUAUUGUUCUAGUAUUUGUAGGUUUUGGUUCUACUAAUGUAGUGGUAUUUUCUGCUACUAAUAGACCUGAUGUUUUGGAUCCUGCUUCACUGAACAGACAGAUACAUUUUUAUGCACCGGAGAUCAACAUAACUAAAUUUGUUUUUGUUCAUGAUGAUGAUGAGCGUGACCAUAAUGAUGAUAAUGGUAGUGGUGGUGAU